GGGGUUCGGGGCUACCAAAAGCGGCGACCAGGACCGCCAGGGUUGGGGGGGACACAGGAGCGCUGCAGUGCCCCCGAGCUGUCGGCGGGGUCACGGUGGUGGUCGCUGCCCCCUUUGGGGGUGCGGGGCAGUGUCCCCAGCCCCCCCCCCUCCCCGUCCCGGGCCCCCCCCCCCCGGGCCCCGUCGCGACGUCAGGGCUGUGACUCAGCCCCGCAGGCUCCGUCCCGAGCCCGCCCUGGCCCUUCAUAAGGCGGCGGAGCCGACGGCGGCCACACAGCUCCCGACGCCAUGGCGGCCCUCGGCCUCCUCCUCCUCCUCCUCCUCCCGCUCGGCCCCGCCGUGGUGGCCUCGGCGCAAUACCAGCAAGUGGCACAGGAGAGUGUGGAGCUGCAGCCCCCCAGCGUCGAGCAGCAUGAGGUGGUGGCCCCGUACGUGGCACAGGUGAGCGUGGACCUGCAGCACACCGGCGUGGAGCAGCACGAGGUGUGGCAGAGGGAGCAGGACCCCUCACUGUCCCCCGACACCCAGGCGGAGGGUGCCACGCUGGCCCCACGCCCCGCCUGGCCUGCCGUCCUGGUGGGCUUCCCCCCUGCCUGGCCAGAGCCCGCCGCUGUCACCUCCCACUGCCACCAGCGGCUCCGGCACCCUCCCAUCCCACCGCUGCCUGCCACCGGCUUCGCUCACCUGCGCCGCCAAGCGGCAGCCCUGGAAGUCUUCCGGCCCCGCCUGGACGCCUGCUGCGGCCACCACGGCCCCGUGUCCUGCGCCCGCCGCGCCUGGACGGAGGUGCUGGACGACUUCUGCGCCGACGAGUUCGGGGUCAAGACUCGGCAGUUCCACUGCUGCCGGCAGCUGGGGGCCGCCCGACGCCGCUGCUUCUCCCGCAGCGCGGCCGCCGUCGCCGUGGCUGCCACCGCCGCCGCCGUCACCAAGCCUGUCGCCCCGGUGGCCUCCCCCUGGGAAGUCAUCCACAGGCCUGCGUUCCCCCCCGGUGAGCCCACGGCCACCAACAUGGGCAACAUCUGCAAGCUGCGGGGGCUGCGCCCCGGCCCCGACGGCGGCCGCGGCAGGUCCGGGCCCCGCGACCGCAUGCGGCUGCGGCUGGAGAAGGAGUUCGGUCGCUGCUGCCGCAACCACAGCCUGAGCUGCGCCCACGAGGCCUGGCGGAAGGGGCUGGAGCGGUUCUGCCGGGAGGAGUCGUCGGUGAAGACUCGACAGCAUCAAUGCUGCCAGCGCGGGGGCGGCCGCGCCCGGAGCCGCUGCUUCGCCGCCGCCGCUCCCUACCCCAGCUACGACCGGGAGCUGCACAACGUCAGCCUGGCCCGGCCCGGCCCCGCCAUGCUGCGCACCCUCUGCGGCCCCACCGUCCUCAUCAGCAAGAGGAGGCCUGUGCCAGAGCUGCUGGGGGCCAUAACAGCCACAUGCUGCCCCCUGCCCCCCGAGAGGCAAAGCAUCUGUGCCCAGGAGCAGCUGUCCCAGGGUGCUGCCACUCUCUGUGCCAGCGUGGGGAAGGGCUGGCGUGACCCCGAGGGCUGCUGCUCGCGGGGGGACCCUGAGCAACUUCGCUGCUUCGGUGACACCUACCUGGCCCAGGUGACUCUGGGAGCUGCUGUGGAGCCCCCACCCCCUGACCACGACGAGUAACAACCCCCCCCCGACCCUGGGACAAGUGGGACAGUAAAGGUGCUGUGGUGUCA